UUUGUCCUUUUUCUUGUUUUUGUUUUUUUGUUUUUUGGUAGUGAUAUGAUAUAUUAUGAUUUGUGCUCGGAAAUGCAAGCGAUCUUUUUCUACCCCCGUGAUGUUUAUAAUUAAUGAUCUGAUGAUGAUAGUGUACCAUAAAAUGACAUUCGUAGUAUCAGAGACAACGAAUUGCUUUUAUUGUUUAAACUAAUUUUUUAUUUUUUGAAAAGGAUUGCUUACUCGAAAAUUUUAGGUUUCAGUUUCUAAUUUUUUUUAGAUCACAGCGGUGUAAAUUUUGGAAAAUUUCUAUAAUUCCCCGUUUUUCAAUUGGUUUUUGAAUUCCCCUUGUUCCCAAUUAAUUUUUCCGUUCGUUUCAGGAAACAGGCCAUUAUUAGAUCACCAUCCUCUUCCCCAAAACCCUAACCCUAACCCUAACAUCUCCUCCACAACCCCAAAUAGCAACCUCUCUCUCUCACUGUCGCUCUGUGCGCUUGUCAAAAGGAUCCGUUCACCAAAUUUAAGUCUCUGUGGAGGAGGCAAAUGGGCUUCGGGCUUUGGGGGAGAUGAGAGAAGAUUCGGAUGCGGAUGCAGCUCAAAUUUGUCUGCGUAGGGAUUUAUAGUUGACAAUGCAUUGACCUACGCCCUAGAUACGAUGAGAUUAGAUGGAGAGCAACCCUCCAAUCAUAAUUUUGCUGAUCAGAUUGCCUCAAAAGUGAUCAGACCUAAUGAGGAGAAUUUGACUAUUGAUAUGUUUAAAGUAGAGAAAGAAGUUGUGUGGAACGAGAAGCAUGGGCAUUUAUCAUCAGUCGAGAAAAUCUUGGGCGAACACACAAAUACAUCACAACGUACAUAUCUUGCCCUCAGGAAUUCAGAUAACAGGAUUCAGAGUGAUAUUGAACAACAACCAAUUUGCACAGAUACUAAUGGACUGGUAGGCAAAAAGGACUUAUCAGCUGAAAAAACUGUUACAGAGAUCCAUUUGCCAGAUCCUCAUAUUGUCAAGGACAUAUGUGUGGAUGAACUAGUACGGUCGGUUGACAAGAAAUUAAUAGACAAUGAAGUGGAACAUAAGACUUCCUCAGGAAUUUAUUACUCUGUAGGGACUGUAAAAGAAGGUCAGAGUGAAGAAAUGGCUACAGCAAUUGCACAUGAUUCAAAAUCAAGAACAGUCUGUGAGCCCCUUAUUUGUGUUAUUGACAAGGAUACUGAAAAGCAACCUUUUCCUGAGAGUUCAUAUGGUGUCAGAGACCAGAUGAAUAUGGCAGAGCAGAUUGUAGGUGAUAGAUUUCAUGAGCCGAUCAGUUCACAACAAUUAAUCCCUCCUAAAGAUUGUAUUGAGGAACCUCAGAAAGUGUUUCAAGAUAGUUUUAUCUCCAGCAAUGAUCAUGAGCAAUCUGUUGAUGCACGAGCAAUUGAUCAGGAUUUAUUAGAGUGCUCUACUGUCCAAGCAGUUCCAUCUGAUACUAGUAAGCUCCAGGAGUGCAGUUGGAUGAAAGAGAAUCUAGUUAAUGGUUUCUCGAAGGACAUGAUUGAGGACUACUCUACUAUUGUAGGUGUAAUAUCUGAAAUGAAAGAGUCCAGCGGAAAUGUAGGCUGUUUAGAUGUUAUAUCAAAUAGUAUGUUGGAGGAGGGCUUUAAUGCAGCUGUACAAUCUGGUACCCAAACGUUGAGCCAAAUUGACUAUGCCAAAGAAAAUCCUUUUGAUAGUUUGCCUAGUAAUCUUUUUAACGGUUGCUCAAAGGACAUGAUUGCGGACUAUUCUACUGUUGUAGGUGUAACAUCCGAAACGAAAGAGUCCAGUCAAAGCAGCGGAAAUGUGGGUGGUUUAGAUGGUAUAUCAAAUAAUGUGUUAGAGGAGGGCUUUACUGCAGCUGUACAUUCUGGCGCCCAAACAUUGAGCCAAGCUGACUAUGCCAAAGAAAACCCUUUUGAUGGUUUUCCUAGUUAUCCUUCUAAUGGUUUCACAAAGGAGGACAUGACUGUGGACUAUUCUACUGUUGUAGGUGUAAUAUCUGAAAUGAAAGAAUCCAGUCAAAGCAGUGCAAAUGUGGGUGGUUUAGAUGUUAUAUCAAAUAAUAUGUUGGAGGAGGGCUUUAAUGCAGCUGUACAUUCUGGCGCCCAAACAUUGAGCCAAGCUGACUAUGCCAAAGAAAAUCCUUUUGAUGGUUUGCCCAGUAAUCCUUCUAACGGUUUCUCGAAGGACAUGAUUGUGGACUUUUCUACUGUUGUAGGUGUAAUAUCUGAAACGAAAGAGUCCAGUCGAAGCAGCGGAAAAGUGGGCAGUUUAGGUGUUAUAUCAAAUAAUAUGUUGGAGGAGGGCUUUAAUGCAGCUGUACAUUAUGGUGCCCAAACAUUGAGCCAAGCAGACUGUGCCAAAGAAAAUUCUUCUAAUGGUUUGCCCAGUAAUCCGUUUGCGACCAACAGUGCAGAUUCGAAGAUCAUUGCUGGUUGUGAGAUUGACGGACUUGAUACAUGUGAUUUUAACCCAAGAGCAGGGGAGACGAUUUGCACAAAUGAUGGUGAAAAGGCUAUAGAGAGUUGGCAACCUAGGCCUGUUCCAAAUGAUCAUUUUGUCGAAGGGGCUAUAACCGAUGAUGGAACAAAUUCAGCUAGAACUUUUGUUUACCAGAAUCGUGGGGAUUUCAACUCGCCUGGUCCAAUGAUUUCAUCAGGCCCAACAGCAUCUUCAGGUCAUAUACCAUAUUCCGGUAGCAUUUCUCUUCGGUCAGAUAGUAGCACGACCAGUACUCGUUCCUUUGCUUUUCCCAUACUACAGACCGAGUGGAACAGCAGUCCGGUGAAAAUGACGAAAUCAAAGCACAGGCAUUCUAGGAAGUCCCGUGGCUGGGGGUGGGGACUUCUUUGCUGUAAAUUCUGAAUGUUCUCUCUGUCUCUCUCUCUCUCUCUCUCUCUCUCUCUCUCUCUUUUACAUCUAAAUUAUCUAUCUGAUGUAAAGACCAUUUCCAGUUACUCUUCUUCUUUUCUUCUUUUCUUCUUUUUUUCAGCUUUUCCUUUCUUAUCCCCCCGUCCUUUCUAUCUUUGUUUAUUCUAUUGUAGUAGCAGGUUAUAGCAUUUGUGUGGUUCGGUAAUGGUUUUUUUUUCUUUUAUUCAUGUAAGCAGAGUUGUAGAUAUAGCAUUUUCCUCCUUGCUGUAACUUUCUACCUUUAAAGGCAGUGUGGGGUUUGCAAUGGAGCUUUUCGUUAUCUAUUUCCAUGGAUAAUUUGUGUUCUUAAUAUAUGUUAUCCAUAUUUGUAGCCCGC